CAGGAUCAGGUGGUCCUGGCAGUACGUCAGCAGUACGUUGCCAUCGGCGACCAGUCGGUGAUUCUUGGGGACGGAGACGAAGUUGCCGUGGUUCCGCCGCUCAGCGGAGGAUAAACAGACCUGACGCUCACCUGGUGGACAGAUGGACCAAUCAGAGGAGAGGAAGGACGUCUUCAAGCUGAGCCGUGAUUGGCUGUCUGUACAGGAAGUGGUAGAUGCCGUCAACAGCCCGACGUGUGGAGCCGUGUCUCUUUUCAUCGGUACAACCCGUGAGGAUCAGGUGGAUGGCAGGAAGGUGAUUGGUCUGGAGUACGAGGCGUACGAGCUCAUGGCCCAAUCAGAGUUCAGGAAGCUUUGUGGUGACCUCCGGGCAAGCUGGCCGAGCGUGACACACGUCUGCAUCCAUCACCGACUGGGGUGGGUGGAGGUGGGCCAGGCGAGUGUUGUCAUGGCGAUCUCAUCUCCUCAUCGCCAUGAUGGACAGCAGGCGAUUCAGCACGCCGUCACCCAGCUGAAGGCGACCCUCCCCGUCUGGAAGAAGGAGGUGUAUGACACCAAGGACUCAAGCUGGAAGCAGAACGUGGAGUGUCCGUGGUCGUCUCACAGUCAACUGGCUGCAUCGUCAGAGAGAGAGAAGUCAAACUGAAGCUUCCAAUAAAAGAAGUGAUUGUUAAA